GAUCACAUGUACACAAUAUCGCGUGGUACCGUACCGUACGUGAUCCUGAAAGCUGUAAAAAAUUGUCUUCAAACGACUGUGAAUCAUCCAUACAGGGUCAAUUUAUUUAGAAGAUGAAUCCUUCACAAGAACUACUCAAUAUUGGGGAGAAAAAUAUUCAGGAUUCCUUACUGAUCAAGAAAAGUAAACCAUUCAAGAUGGGGCCUUCAUCAGUACUGGGCAGAGUGAAGUCUUUUUUACCACAAAUGGAGGUGGCCAACAAGCAGCUUGAAGAGAAGAUAGCGGAUGGUGCCAUGGAGGACCUAGACAUUGAAAAUGUUGAUGAUUGUGAAGGACCCAUUAUUGAAAUGAACCUUGCCUUGUGUGCACAUGAUGAAAAUUCAGAUGACGAGGAGGAGGAGGAAAGUGAAGAAGAUGAGAGUGACAGUGACGAGGACAACCGUGUAGGACUGCAAUGUGACAAGUCAGAUUUAGGAGAUGCUACCCUCUCAGAACUCAAGCUACCUGGUAAAGGAAAGAAGCCUAAAGAUGGAAGGACAUUGAUUGAAGUAAUGCCGGGAGAGUUGUCGGAUGAUGUAGGAUGUAAUGAAGGUGAUAAGACAUAGCUUUAUGGAAAUAGAAUAUUGAUGCACAAACUUUCAUGCAGAGGAGAGAGUGCUCGUUGAAGAAAUUCCAAAGACGCUCUUCAAUCCAAAGCCAACCGGUUUCUAAAGUUAUAUCUGAAAUGAAUAUCAUUAUAUCACUAGGUAACAUUAUGGUUCCCUGUUGUAGUGUUUUAGAUUUCAUCUUGAUACAACCAGUGGUAUAGGAUCAAUCUCUAUGAUUCUGAAUUUCAAAGAAGAGGACAAUGUCUUCGUCCAAACAUUCAAUACAAGUUUGAAAUUCAGAAAGGAUUUGAUGCCGACAGCACUUAAAAGGGUUGAACUUCUGGAUAGAUUCCUCAAAUACUAUCCUGUGAGGAAAAGAACUCUAUGAGGCAACUGUAUAACAAAACAAGACAAAAAAAUGAUUUAGACUGAAUUACAUAAUCACAUGAA